UCAAGUUUGAAGCUUGAUUUCUUCUUCCUCAUUUGAGCAAGCACCACCUCGUAAAUCUCAUGCUUUGGUUUGAGUGUUUCAUUGUACAGAGUACUGCUACUAUGUUUCACUAAAGCAAUAGUCACUUGCGGGGAGUUUUGGUACUCGGAAUAGUAGGCCCAUUGACAGGUUCUUGGGCUUUUAGCUCAAGAAUGAGUUGACUGGUGUGAAUGGCCAUUUGUGCUGCAUUAUUUGUGACAUCUUGAACUCAGACAGUCAAACAGUGAAGUAUUAGGGGCUGCUUUGAGAUAAGGGCAUGGGUUGUGGAGCCAAUGUGGUGUGGUUUUGAGGUUAAAGAUUUCAAUUGAAAGCUAAAUAUAAUAAUUUUUUGAGUGCCCUUUGUUAAGAGUGAGCUGAGCUUGAUAAUGGCAAAGGGGUGUGAAGAUCAGGAGGGAUUUGCAGAAAACUUUAGAGAGAAGCUUGGUUUUGCAGUUAGAAAUAUUGAAUGGUGCUAUGCUAUCUUCUGGUCCAUUUCCUCUUCCCAGCAAGGGGUUUUGGAAUGGGGCGAUGGGUACUACAACGGAGAUAUAAAGACGAGGAAAACAGUGCAGGCAACAGAAAUUAGUCCCGAUCUGCUAGGAUUGCAGAGAACCGAGCACUUGAGAGAGCUUUAUGAAUCUCUCUUAGCUUCUGAAGCCAACACACUAGCAAAGAUACAUUCUACAGCAUUAUCACCGGAAGAUCUCACGGAUACAGAGUGGUAUUUUUUGGUUUGCAUGUCGUUCGUAUUCAAUAUAGGCCAAGGGUUGCCCGGGAGGGCACUUUCGAAGAACCAAAGUAUUUGGCUAUGCAAUGCACACCAAGCUGACAGCAGAAUAUUUACCCGAUCCUUGCUUGCAAAGAGUGCAUCGGUUCAGACUGUGGUAUGCUUUCCAUACUUGGGAGGUAUAAUCGAGCUGGGAGCUACUGACCUUGUUCCAGAGGACCAUAACCUCAUUCAUCACGUUAGAACUUCGUAUCUGGACAUCCCUCAUGCUGUUGGUUCCAAGGUUCCUAAUUAUGUCUCGAUUGGUGGUAGGAAGCCCGAUCAGGAUAAGCUUGAUUUGUAUCCCGUUCCACCUGUAGAAUGUGAAGAUAAUAAUAUCGGUUCCCCUUACAACAAUUCAAACGGUUUUGGGGCCAACCAAGAAGAAGGGGAUUCAUUUAUGGUUGAAGAAAUGAACGGGGAAGCUUCACAGCUACAAAGCUGGAAACUUGCAGAUGACGAUAUCAGUAACUGCAUCCAUAAUUCUACGAAUUCAAGCGAUUGCAUCUCCCAGAACUAUGUAAAUCCUGAACGGGCAUCCACUCUUUCAGAUGCAGAGAAGCUAAACGGGGAUUCUGGAAAAGGAGUUGAUGUUCAUUACCAAAGCAUUCUUUCGAACGUUCUGAAGAGCUCUCACCAACUAGUUCUAGGACCGCACUUCAGGAAUAACUAUAGAGAAUCGAGCUUCGUUACUUGGAAGAAGGAAACAUCGUCCAAGAACCCGUUGCCAAGAACCAGAACUCCACAGAGGCUCCUAAAGAAGGUUCUCUGUGAUGUUGCUGGAAUGCAUGGCUGCAGCAGCGUUCGUGGCAGCCACAAACAGAAUGGCAAUUAUAAACCCGAAGCUGAUGAAACUGAUAAGAGUCGCGUUCUAUCAGAGAGAAGACGUAGGGAGAAGUUAAACGAGAGAUUUAUGACUCUUGCAUCAUUGAUCCCAACUACUAGUGGCAAGGUUGACAAAAUAUCUAUACUCGAUGAGACAAUCGAGUACCUUAGAGACCUUGAAAGAAGAGUUAGAAACGUCGAGCCUCAGACGGAAAGACUAGAGUUGGAAGCAAGAAGUGACAAUGCAGAGAGGACAUCUGAUAAUUGCUGCGCUAAAAGUGCAGAUAAAGGCAAGAAAAUAGUGCCACAGAAGAGGAAGGCCAGUGAUAUGGAAGAAAACUCGCGUGGAAACCACAAGGAUUGCAUGAAGAAUGGGUCGGGCCAUGAUGUAAUAAGUGUUAAUAUGAUUAGUAAGGAUGUUACGAUUGAGAUGAAAUGCCAAUGGAGCGAGGGCAUGUUGAUCAAAAUCGUGCAGGUGUUGAACAAUCUGCAUUUAGACUGCCAUGGCAUUCAAUCUUCCAACAGUGAUGGGAUUCUGUCUGUGACUAUUAAAGCUAAGAUGGAGGGGAAUAAAGCCAUAUCAAUGUCACUGAUUAGACUAGCACUUCAAAAACUCAUCCAAGCAUCUUGAAGAUCACAUCAUUUUGAUGAAUCUUGUAAGUUUUUGGUGGUAGAGAUCUUUGCUCUCAUUGCAUUUCUGUCACACCCUUGUAUAUAAGUGGAAACAAAAAAAAAAAAAAAAAAAAAANAAAAA